CAUCUAUCAGCUGAACAAAGGUGAGCGCUUUAUUCGUUGUUCGACCAUGGGCCAAAAGGAUGAUUUAGCAACAGAUCCUCAGUGUCAUGCUCGAGCGUGUGCCAUUCAAACUUGCUUAGCCAAGAAUUCAUACAACGAAGGCGCCUGCCGGUCCGAGAUCGACGCCCUGUAUGAUUGUUGCAACGCUUUCUACUCCAAUAAUGGCGAUGAUGCAAAAUCUGUCAGUUGUCCAAAAGCUAGCCUACUGCGCUUGAAAAUGAGGCAGAGGAUGGAUGAGAAUCGGGAGACUGGGUCGAGAAGCUAGGUCAUGGCGGAGCACGUUAGAUGUACACUCAUGGCAUCGAGCUAAAUAAGAUGCAAGGGAAUUCGAAGUUUCCAGACUGAUGCUAUCGUCCAAACAAUAUGCGUGUGCGUGUGAGACUCCAAGUUAACUGCCCAUCAUCAGCCCAAAAGGUCAGGGAACUGUAACAGGAAGGAUCGAAUUUUCUCUGGGCGAUCAUGAGCGCGCAAGAGACCCUAAGGGCCUGAAUAAGUAAUGAUGGUUACUCCAGAGGAGACUUAUUCCGAGACUCUAAGUAGAAG